AUGGCCAGCGUGGAGGCUCUUAAGAAAGAGCUCGCCGCCUCUAAUAAGGAAUUACUAUUUUAUCAACAAAAAGUGAAAGAUGUCGUCCAGGCUUAUAAAAACCUUGAUGCUGAGAAGAAGGCGAUGGAGAAGGCAGUGAACGCGUUGAAGACGGUGUCUGGAGACAGCAGUGGAAGUGAGACCGAUACGUCAAUAGCCAACCUAAAGGAUGCCCUGGCGGAACUUUCUACUGAAGGAAUGAAAAAAGAGCAAGCAUUUAUUGCUGAUAAAAAGGCAUUAAUGGAAGAAGUCGAAAAGCAAAAAGCUAAAGCCGCGAAAUUGGCAGCUCAAUUUGAGACUCAGCAGGAGCAGGUGGCGAAAGGAAUUAAAUUUGCUGAAAAAUACAAAGCGCUAAAACAAUCCAUACGCGAAAUGGAUGCGAAUCGCGAGAUCGAAAUCCAGGAUCAUGGAAGUGUAUUGGCUGAGAUGCAAAAAAGAUAUGCCGCUGAAAAGUCGAGAGCAGACAAAUUGCAAAAGGAGCUAAAUGAAACUGGUGGCAAGGCUGGAAAAGAAGCAACUGACGCUUUAGUAAAUGCACAAAAAAGGCAAACCGAGUUAGAAGGGCUCGUUGAAAAGCUUCGAACGGAACUUGAUCUAUGGAAGGGCCGAGCUUCCAUUACUCCGACAACGCAAAAUUUGCAGAAAGAAGUAGAACAAUUAAAGUCGGAACUAGCAGCAGCCGGAAAUCAAGCACAGGCUCACGCGCAGGUUGAAGCUAAGAAAGAGGAGCAAAGGCGUCAAGACCUUGAGAACAGACUUGUGGCUCUUAGCGAACAAGCUGCAAUUUCUGAGCAAAGGGCGCACGAAGCUGAAGAACAAACCAAAGAAAGUAGGAGACGGAUACAGGAACUAGAAGCCAAAAUUGGGAAGCUUGGUACGGAAGGUCCAGUAGGGACAAGCGAAAAUCUCGGAGAUUUGGAGAAAAACUUGAAGGAGUUGGUGUCUACGAUACGAAGCAAAAAGCCUGAUAUCGAUGUAUACGAAAUUGUGGGGGCCAAGCGGGAUUUGCAGCAGCAAAAGCUAAAGUAUGAACGUUUGGAAGACGAAUAUGAAAAAUAUAAACUGAGAGCAGAGGCUAUCCUUCGUUCAAAGCAAAACACUCAAGAGGACGAAAAUGACCGUGAGGAAUCGGGGUUGAGGAAUCUUGUGAGUCAGUUGCAUGAGAAGCUGCGAAAUUUGGAAAUAUCGGCGGCAACAGAUCGAGUGGACCACGAACAGACGGCUCGUUCGUUAAAAGAGCGCAUCACGGAAUUGGAAUCCGGUGAGGAGAAGCUGAUGAGGGAUAUGCGGGCGGAAAUGUCAGCAAAAAUCUCUGAUAUGGAACAGGAAAUCCAGAAACAAAGAAACCGCACGCUUGAAUUGCUAACGGAAAAAGAAAAAGAAUUGGAAGCAACUAGAUCCAUCCUCGUUUCCGUACGCUCCGAACAACUUCAAUCAUCUCCACCAAGAGAUCCACACCAAAAGACUUCUGUCGUUAAGAAAAGAAGUACUGGUGAACCGCGAUAUGUGGAAAGAAGAAAAAGUUCUGGUUUCCGUCACCGUAGCACUGAUUCUGUAGCAAGUGGCCUGGAUUAUACAGCAGAAACAUCCUCGACCCACAUUCCCCUCACUAAUGAAUCUAGAAAUAUUUACUAUGAGGAAUUAGUGGCCAAGAAAAAUAUGGAAAUUAAUGAACUACGAUCCUUGCUACAUAGCCAGGAAUAUCGAGUCAAGGAAGCUGAGCAAAACAAUUUAACCCGAGAUAUCCAACACAAAGAGAUGUCAGAGCGGUUAAAGGAGGAGAUUCGUACUUUGGAAGGAAAAGUCACCCUCCUCUCCGGCGAGAAUGGCCGCGAGAUCGAAUAUCUACGAAAUAUCUUUGUUCAGUUGGUCCAAAAAGAAGACCCAAUCGCCAAGAAGCAAAUUUUCAAAGCGAUGGGCAUGUGCCUGAAGCUUAGCCCAAAUGAAAUGAAGGCGAUAGAAAAGAAAAAUUUU